GCGCAGACACAGACACACUUGUUGCGUCUCAUUGGCCAUGGGAAUGAAGAAUCGCUGCCCAGCAAAGGAAAAGCCUCUCCCACGCGGACUCAACCAUGCCUCAUGUGGAGCUUGCUCUCGGGCUUGAAGUAUUCUUACAACACAGUACAACAACACUGAAGAGAAGGGGAAGUUUUUGAUGUCUGGAUGACGAGUCUCGUACAAGGAGUGUGAUAGGGUGAUCGGAGUGAGACACAAGGGUCAAACUUUCUGGUGUAAAUUUGCGUUUUCCAGCGGAGUAGCAGAAUUGGGUUGGGCGCGAGGGUCAUGGUCGUGGGACGAGAUUGCGUUUUUCUGCUGCUGUGGGUACCUGUGUCGUAUCUCGUCAUGGAUAAAACUCCAAUCAUGGUGAGGAGUUGCUAAGUUUGCAGGUGGGAUUUUUCCUAGUUCAUAUCAUGGACCAGAACGGUCUGUUUCAUUGCACGAUGCGGAUGAAGACAGUGCUGUAGUAUUAGUCAUGAUCGUCGUAAUACCUAGCGCAGAUUCAAGUGAGAGCUCGUGAAUAUCCCGCUCACCAUGAAGUUUACUCGCGGCUCCGAUACAGGCUUGUGGCUACUUACAACGUCGGUAUCGUACCUGGCUCUAUUUUCAAUUCUAGUCUCCAUUCCGGAACUAGCACUUGCUCAGCCCAACGAGGAUGACAUUGCGUGCUUACACGGCUUCCAGUCCAUGGCCAAAAGCUCCGACCCUGCACUGUUCAACAAUUGGACCGACACUGCAUUCCCUUGCAACACAACACAAGAUGGACAGAGAGCUACGUUUGUGGGGAUAACAUGCAGUAGCAGCAGGGUGGUGUCACUGUUUCUCAGCGACAAGGGACUGACAGGCAUGAUCUCCCCCAAUCUCUCGCUCUGUAGGAACCUGGGCAUCCUUGACUUGUCCCAAAACUCUCUCACAGGAACGUUACCCUCCGAACUGGGAAUGCUAUCCUACCUUAUGACCUUGAAUGUGAGCCACAACCAGAUAUCAGGACCUAUCCCUCCGGAAAUCGCCAACUGUUCCUACCUUCAUGAGCUUGAUCUGGAGCACAACCGCUUCUCCGGGGAGGUUUCAACUGCCCUGGCGACCCUUCAGAAGCUCCAGAUUUUGGACGUCUCCCACAAUGAUCUGGUAGGGCCCAUACCUACAGGGCUUUCCAACACCUCCGACGGGCGACCCAGGUUCAAUGCCUCCUCGUUUGAGGGAAAUCCAAGACUAUAUGGCUUCCCACUUCCCUAUCCAAAGAGCCGUACCCUCUCUAUACUGGCAAUCGUCGGGAUAGGCCUUGGCAGUGGAUUCCUCAGCUUGAUUGUGAGCUUCACUGCCGUGUGUGUAUGGUUAAGGGUCACGGAGCAGCGACUUGCUGCAGAGGAGGGGAAGAUAUCGCAGCUUGUUCCUGAGUAUGAUUGAUAGAGCACAUACAAACGGUAUUUUUGCCUUGAGGUAUUUCAUCAUCUGGUAUCAAAUGAGCUUGCACUGUCAAAAACAUCAAUUCAGAAUAUCUGAAGUAGGAAUUGGGUCCUUCCUUCCGUCGUUCAAGUUUUUCAACAUGUCAGUGCAGUCAUUGAACAUGCCAAGUAGUAGGAAUCAAACCAUUUUGGAACCAUGACUUGGGGUUUUACAUUGUUUUGCCUUCAGUACCCCAUCAGUGACAGAUAGUCAGACUCUGCUGUAGCUUGUUGGAUCCCUUUUUAUGGCUUCUCUUCUUAUGAUCAAGGAAGAAGAAGUGAAGGAAGCUAGUCGGCCUCGAGGAGUGGAGACACUGGAGACAACUUCAUGUGAUUUCACAAGCGUUUUUUUGUCCACAAGCUCCAAUUGGUACAAGCACUGCGAGCAAAUUUCUAUUCCAUAUGCAUGGAACUUGCACAUUUCCUCAAGGACAUUGAAUGCAUGUUUAACAUCAUGAAGAACGGUAGUUCAAGUGCUGUUAAUCAAAGAUAGAGCAUCUAAUCUUAAUCCAAUCUUAAACUGCUGAGACUUGAUUGCUUUUAUUGGACGCUCAAAGUAUCAUCAAACUCCAAGGCAAUGAUUUGAAAGUGCGGAAAUUCAAUAUUUUUUAAAA